CAUAAAGGAAGCUCUGAGCUCCACAAAUUAACUUCCAAUGGCAACAAUACUCUCUCACUCCUCCCUCUAUCCCUUCCAUUCUCUCUCUUCUUCAACAACAAUUUGUUCAUCCUUAUGCCCUUUUACUUGCUGUCCUUCUUUUCCAACAAAGCUUGAAUUCCCAGUCUUGUCAACAUCAUGUGUUUCCCAAUUUCACCAAUUUUUCCCUUUCCCCACAAAUCAUCAUCAUCCCAUUUUGCUCUUUGUUGGUUUUGAUUCACCCCCUUUGGAUACUCAAACUUUUCUUGCUACUAUCAGUGUUUUAACUGCCAUUGCUCUCUCCCUCUUUCUUGGCCUCAAGGGAGAUCCAGUUCCUUGUGAUAGGUGUGCUGGGAAUGUCUUCAUUUCUUCCCUAGGCGAACAGCUUCUAGAAGGUAUUAAAGGAGGAUUGUAAGGUGAAAGAUGCCAAGGAUUCUAUUAGUAAUCGUUGGAGAGCAUACUGAUGUUGUAUAUGAUAGUUUCCGGUUAGCUGCAAACCUAAUGGUUUGAGACUAACCACUUUACCAGUGCACUAAGUGGAUUGCUGACCCUCGCUUGUGGGCUCUGGAUCUCCAUUUCCCUGUUGGACCAUGCUGUAUGGAUCGAAGCAAUCCUCGAGGGUGUAGUUUGAAAGUUGAGUAAGGCCUUAGUUUAGUUUAGCUACAAAAGGUGUGCUUCUGGUCACACACAUUUUGUACUAAAGGGUGAGAAAGUUAGCCGAAUCAUAGUAAAGACCUUUGCUUGUUGUUGUUUUCUUUCUUUUUUUACUUAAUGCAUCACCAAAAAACCACCCCUCUUUUUCUUGAAGGGGGCAGCGAGAGCAAAGUUUCAACAUCUUUCCGAUACAGCCAAUUCUGUUUUAGUUUUAACAUCACGGAUGAAACUAACGAAAAGGUCUUGCACAAGCAAAUAAGUGUAAAGUGAUGUGCAUAUGCUCUUCUUACAGAUUUCAUUGUGCUGUCGAUGUUCUUCCCUUUUCGUUCCUUAAGGGAAAGAAGAUUCAAGUUACUAAUAACUUUGUUUUG